AUGCCCUCCACUUCCAGCUUCGUCUCGCCAUCCCUUUCAAAUCUCGUCCCUACAACAUCCACAAGGCUGAUCUUCUCUCGUGGUGCGCUAGGCUCAAGUGAACCGUCGACAUGGGUGACGCUUAGCCUGUCGAGCUACUCACUGUCUCGCGCAGUUACUCUAUUCCGCAACCUCGCCGUCGACGACCCACUCAAGUCAUACAUUGCCGUCGCAGCCAUCGCUUAUGCCGCAGACCAAAGCCUCCACAACACUCUCACAAACCACGUCUACAAUAAGGGCGACGCACAGUUCCCCAAUUUCUUCGCACUAGAUAGACUCGAAUACAAUGAUUCAGCCGGCUAG